UAUCCCAGCAUCCACUGCGCCCCACCCUCGUUCCCCCCGAUUACGUCACUGCCAACCGGAGGGCAGGCCUCGCUCCAUCAGGCUGCAUCAAAACUUUCGCACUGUGCAAAUAUCUCGCGGCCUUCUCCAACACAGCAAUGGAGCCAUCAGAAAACACCACCAGCAACCACGCCCCAAAUUCAACAGGCGCCGAGGGCUCAUGGGAGAUCAGCGACAAGACCAGACUCUGCCGCUUCCUCUGCUACGGCUCAGAGGGAGAAAUCUACACCGCCAGAGAGCAGGGCCGCGUUGCCACGGAGACCGCCGGAGCCCUGCUGUCGCUGCUGCAGGAGGGGAGAGGCGCAGAGGCGGUGGAGGAGGCCAAGCGGUUCGCCCAAGGCGGCCGCGCCGUCAGGCCGGGGCCGGCCCUUUUCGCCCUGGCCUUGUGCUCGCAGCAUUCAGAGCUGAAGACGAGGCAGGCGGCUUUCAAAGCCCUGAGGGAGGUCUGCCGGGACCCGGCCCACUUGUUCUCCUUCGUCCAGUACAAGAAGGAGCUGAAAGAGGGCAUGAAAUGUGGGAUUUGGGGGCGCGCCCUGAGGAAGGCCGUGUCCGACUGGUACAACGAGCAGGACCCCCUGAGUCUGGCUGCGGCGGUGACCAGGUGUAAGCAGAGAGAGGGCUGGUCGCACCAGGACCUGCUCAGGCUCUCCCACACCAAACCGGCCACAGAGGCUGUUGCCUUGAUCAGCAAAUAUGUAACAAAAGGGUGGAAGGAGGUCCAGGCGGCUUACGCCGACAAAGAGAAAUCUGAGGAAGUGGUCAAAGUGCUCUCCUAUCUGGAAGUGGUGGAAAAGGUCAAGCACAGCUGUGACGAAGUGGAGGUCAGCGGUUUAAUAGAGGAGCACAAGCUGGAGAGGGAGCAGCUGCUGACAGACCACCUGAGGUCAAAACAGGUGUGGAGUGCCCUGCUGAAGGAGAUAUCCCUGCAUUCCAUUCUUAAAAUCCUGGGAAAGAUGACGUCCAACAAACUUCUUGAGCCACGGAGCGCCGAGACCCAAACCAUCUGUGAGAGACUCCAGAACGAGUCGUCGCUAAAGAAGGCCAACAUCCACCCUUUCAGCAUCCUUUUGGCUUCGGAAAACUAUAAACGAGGCCAAGGCUUCCAGGGGAAAACGAAGUGGGAAGCGGAUGGUAGCAUCCUCAAAGCCAUGGACUGGGCUUUUUAUACAAGCUUUCAGAACGUGGAGCCCGUCGGGAAGCGCUUCGUCGUGGCUGUAGACGUGGGCACAUCGCUGACCAGCAUCGUUCCGGGAACGGCGAUUAGCACGGCGGUUGCAGCUGCAGCCAUAACCAUGAUUUUUGCUCGGACAGAAUCCAACACGCAGGUCCUGGCCUUCUCUGAGGGCGCUGUGGUUCCGUGCUCUCUUUCUGCAGAUAUGUCGCUUGCAGAAGUGACUGCUGAGCUGGUUAAGUUCCCCAGCGGUAGCACAGACUGCACCCUUCCUGUCACAUGGGCCACAGAAAAUGGGAAGUCUGUGGACAUGUUCAUCAUUCUGACCAACAACCCACUCUGGACAUUUACGGCCAGCCCACUGGACUCUCUGAAGAAACACAGACAUGCAUCAGGUACAGACUCCAAGCUGGUGAUGUGCGGCCUGACCUCCAUCGGCCACGCCAUCGCAGACACAGAGGACAGGGGCUUACUCAGCAUCUGCGGCUUUGACCUCGGAGCGUUCAGCGUCAUCCGGAACCUCGCUCUCGACCUUAUCUGACCUGACCCGACCCCAUCCAAUCCAACAAAAUCCGAGUUUCAGACACGCAGUGUUCUGGAGUAACUAAUCUCCCUCUCAAAGGAAAAAAAAAAGAAAGAAAGAAAGAAAAAAAAAUACUGACACUUACAAUUCCAAAUUUUUGUAUUCCGUUCUGACAAAGCGUCCAGCAGGCUGGACGGUUCUCCAGCGGCGUCACAAGGUGCCGAUACAGGGUAUGGUUCGUGUGGCGCGACUACGCAGCAGGCCAGUUCUGGUUCUGGUUCUGGUUCUGGUUCUGGGUAAGACACUAACAUCUCUCAUUUCCAGCCAGAAGAUGAAGUCAUAACGUUGGGUUAUUUUAAGGUGGUUUCUUGUAGUUUUUUUUAUUACUCUGGUAGCAGGUUUGAGGUAAAGUAGGUGAAUUGUGAAGCUGGAACUAAUUUUAUGUAGUAUGUUUAUAAAUUAUUAACCGAUCUGUGGGAAAUGAAGAUGAGAGGACAAGAGGAACCACCAAAAAGUCCACAGGAUAACUCUGUUCUGUGUAAUUUUUAUGAUUUAUUUAGUUUUUAUUUGAAUACUAACACUAGUUUCAUUUUAGAAUGUUUUAGAUUUAUUCCUGUUUAGUCCCUCGAUCACUUUUGUUAUAUCAGAGUAGUCUCUCUCUCUCUCUCUGUCGAUCUACUGUCCUGAUUAAAAGUUUACAUCCACUCAUCAGGCACAUAAAUGCCACAAUAAUUUAGAGCUUUUAUUGUUUUAUUUCAAUCUGUUGGAAUGACUGUGUUUAUAAAAACAACAAUUAAGUGCACAAGUUUGAAUGUAACGCGGAUUAUCUUUAAUCCACAUGGUCCGUAGCACAUAUAAUCUGCAUUUACAAACAAAUAUUACUGGUUGCUUUUUUUCCCUUGGUCUCUGUAAUUUUGAUGCGAUGUGGAUUAGGAAAAAAAAAUCACAAUAUUCACAUUUUAUUUAAACUUAACGAUCCAGUUCUUGUUUUAAACAUCUCCUGACAACAUGCUGUAUAAUCAGUCCACUCUGGAAAAAAUAGUGGUUUAAACGCAUCGCUGAAACACUAAAGUUGAAGAUAUUCAAACCUGUGAUGGUGGAUGUCAAGUUCCGACUGGCACUGUACGUCAGGGUGUUCCCUUUGAAAUGGGAUAACCUGUUUUUUUUUGGAGGACUGUUUUGGGGUUUUUUUUGUUUUGUUUUGUUUUUUUCUGAGCAACAAAAUUAUGCAAAUGUCAAGGACUUCAACAGAUUUUGGUGAAAGUUGAGAUAAAUUGGCUCAGUUUCUCAUUUUAGUCAAAAAUCUAUGCAUCGCCAUUCGGUAGGGCUGCACUGAUUGCAGGUUUCUGGCCGAUCAACCAAUAUUUAUAAAGCCUGAUUCCAGUUUUGACUGUUUGUUUGUUUGUUUGUUUUUUUGUUUGUUUUUUUGUUUGUUUUUUUGUCUAAAAGUUGGCAAAAUAUAGUGUAAAAAUCACUUAAGUUGGCAACAGCUUGGUGACUGCUGUUUACCCCGCAUGUUCCGAUGUGACCUUGUGGGCGGGUCAGUCCGGUCUCACUAUAGAACAAAACGGGACAGUGGUUCGUUUUCACGUCUUAACAGAUGAAAUCAGGUAGAUGAAAUCAGUUUCAGUUACAAGUAUCGGCCGAUCACCUAAAAUGAAGUUAACUUGGGCCGAUUUCUUGGUGCACCCCUACAACUAGAACAAUACUGCAUCAUGUUAAGAUUAAUUGUAGCUGGGUAAGAAGAACUGUUCACGAUGACUGAUUCUGCUAAAGUUGCACUGCUGUAUCUUUAAUUUAUUUGCAAAAACUAACAACCGCAACUAUUGUGGAAUGAAUCAAAUCGAAUGUACCUUUUGAAGUCAUGAAAUUGUUUAGAUUUAAGCAAUCCGAUUUCUAUUUCACCAUUAACUGAUCCCACCAUGCUCACUGUGUCGGUAGCAGAAGCAUUCAAACUGUAGUAAUUACAGACGUCGCUCACUAAACUCGUCAAUCAUCCCGGUGUGGUCCGCUGUAUAACACGAUUCUCAACCCUGGAACUGUCAAGGCAAUAUUUACUUUCUUUCCAUAUAGACUUAACCUGUAAAGGUCUGACGUAACUGUUCCAUAACUACUGUCGCUACGGCAUCUGUAGUCUUCACAGGAGAGAGUAGAAUUGAGGUGGUGUUGUUCACGAGAGUUUCUCCACUGUGGUUCACUUCUUUUCCCGCCAUUUUGUCUGUUAUUUGACUUGUUACAUGAGCAUUUUGAUUGUAGUGGCAAUGUAAUCCCAUCCCUAAUAAACAUUUAUGCUGCUCUUGAAA